AAGGGGGUAAAAACCAUUUUUUUGUGUUUAUUACAAAAAGUGUAUCAUAUACUUUUUGGGGUAUUUGAGAAGUAAAAUAAGCGGCUUUUGUUCCUGAAAUAUUGAAAGCUAAAUCUGUUUAACCAGGACCUCAGAAAGCCAGAAAGAUAUAAGAGGGCCUAUUAAAUAUGUCCUCCUCCCAGUCGUCUUCAAGGCGGCAGUGGUGUUGUUACCUUUGCGAUUUGCCUAAGAUGCCAUGGGCUAUGAUCUGGGACUUUAGCGAGACUGUCUGCCGAGGCUGUGUGAAUUAUGAAGGGGCGGACCGUAUUGAAUUCCUCAUAGAGACGGCCAGGCAUUUGAAAAUAACUCAUGGUAUGCAGGGUGACAGGUCUCCGGGUCCCCAGCCCACCAAACAUGGCCCAGGUGGUAGAGAUGGACCUAUGGAGGGUGGUAGGCCACCUCCUGAACGCUUUGAAAGGGGAAGAGGGGACUACGGAGCCCCAGCACGGCUCCCCAACGGUCUGCACAGAAUAGAUGACGGGGGCCCAAAACAAGAUGUCAGUGGACAGAGCCCUAACAACGCCAGGCGACCCAUGGUGUGUACCGUUCCACCCAAUUUAAUGACACAAGGCCUUGUGGGGGCUCCGCACGGGUUGCUAGCAGCUGUGCCCGGUUUAAAUACCAGAGUCGGGGGUACCCCCCUCACCCUCUCUGCCCCCAUGCUGAACGAGAUCACCAAGAGGCAGCUGAGCAUGGGCAUGGGUGUGGCCUCCUUCCUGAGCCCUGAGUUUGAGAAGGAGCUGAGGGAGAAGCAGAGGAACGCAGAGGCUCUGGCCGAGCUGUCAGAGAGUGUACGGAACCGAGCAGACGACUGGGCCGGCCGACCCAAGGCUGUACGAGGGGCCUUGCUCACCCUCUCCGGCUGCACCCCCUUCAAUGUGCGCUUCAAGAAGGACCACAGCCUGGUGGGACGGAUCUUUGCCUUCGACGCCAAGCUGACGCUGGACUUUGAGCUGAAGAUCUUUGCGGAGUACCCGUGCGGCUCGGGGUAUAUGUUCUCCAGCCUGGCGGCGCUGGUCAAGCAGAUGUUCCACGACAGCCAGAAAGACUCUGGGAACAAGGUGAUCAACUUGGGCCUGAAGUAUGUGGAGUACGAGAAAAGGCAUGGCGCGGGGGACUGGCGGCUGCUCUCUGAGCUGCUGAGUGAUUCGGUACGGGCUUUUAAGGACACCCCCGGCCCUGAUGUUCUCCCCCAGCCCUACCUGGACACCAGCUGCUCCAUGCUGCCCACAGCGCUGUGUCACAUGGCCCGCUCGGCACCGCCAGCCCGCGUGCGCCGGAGGAAGACUUCCCCGGAGCCCCAGGGUGGAGAGGUAGUGACCACAGAGGAGCAGCUCCGGCAGCACUGGCCCAUGGGGAUGUACCCGGGCAUGGCUAUCCACCUAGCUGCCUCCUCCCUACCCAGCGGAAGCCAGCCACCUCCUCACCAGGAGGGCUCGGCCUCCCACUCCCACAGCAGCGACCCCUCCCCCAUCACAGCACUGAUGAGCGUGGCUGACAACGCGGGUGCAGCCGCUGGCCAGUCACCCAGAGAAGCCCCUAGCAGUAGUGGUGGUGGAGGCCUGGGCCACUCCUCCUUGGCAGUGAGACAAAGCAGCAGCAGCCCCAUGGCAGCCUGCCCUGCAGGGCAGCAGCGCCACCUGGCCUCCAGGAACGGGGAACCCCAGGGAGCUAGCAACUCUACAGGGGGCACCACGGCAGCCCUCCCCUUGGCUGGUGCCUCGGACCAGGGAGCAGGGGACCCCUCCGGCUCCUCUGGUCCCCCUCUCUGCUGCACCAUCUGCCAUGAGCGCUUGGAGGACACUCACUUUGUCCAGUGCCCGUCUGUUGCGGUCCAUAAAUUCUGCUUCCCUUGCACCAGAGACUUCAUCCGGAGCCAGGGGGCCGGCAUCGAGAUGUUCUGCCCCAGUGGAGAGAGGUGUCCCCUGGUGGGCUCCAACGUGCCCUGGGCCUUCAUGCAGGGAGAGGUCGCUACCAUCCUGGCUGGAGACGUCAAGGUGAAGAAGGAGCGCGACCCCUAAAUCCUCUGGGACACCUGACUAAGGCUGUUGACGCCUGAGUGGAGCAGCAGCCUGGUGCCUGCAGAUAAUGACAAUCUCAACAGGUUCUCGCCACCUCAUAGCCAAUCACCACGGCAAUCCACCAGGUUUUCCCCACCUCACAGCCAAUCACCGUGACAAUCCACCAGGUUCUCCCCACCUCACAGCUAACCACCAUGACAAUCCACCAGGUUCUCCCCACCUCGCAGCCAAUCAUCAUACAUCUCUACCUCCAUGGGGCAGGCCUUACACUAUCACACCACUGUCUGGUUGGUUAGAGGGGGACCAUACCCCCAGCCCUUGCUCACCUCUAAUACCUAAUUCACCCCUUUGUCCCUCAAACAUCAACUUAUUAGUAUUGGUCACUAGUAUUAGUCACUGACUUUAUAAACCAGUGGACCAUGGUUGGGAAGUAUGCACUUCAUCUAGGGCUUCCGAGUGGCGCAGCGGUCUAAGGCACUGCGUCUCAGUGCUAGAGACAUCACUACAAACCCUGGUUCGAUUCCAGGCUGUAUCACAACCGGCCGUGAUUGGGAGUCCCAUAGGGCGGCACACAAUUGGCCCAGCGUCGUCCAGGUUAGGCCGUCAUUGUAAAUAAGAAUUUGUUCUUAACUGACUUGCCUAGUUAAGUAAAAGUUAAAUAAAACUAAAUCUGUCCUGUUACAGUUGAUUUUAGGUCUGUUUUCUGUUUCAUGGAACAUCUUUCUAAAAGAUCUCUGAGUGGCAUUGAGAAAGACUGAUGACUUGACUAAAUGUUACAGCGACGUAUAGACUUGGACUGUUCCUCUUGUGACCGUUUUUUGUGUUUCGCGUCACAUUUGCCCUUUACAUAAAACUGACUGUCACGGAGCUAGUUGUUUGCUCUUUGCUGAAACCUCAAACCAGCAGUUAAGGUAUGUCGCCAUCGAUUUAUAAGACAGACACAGAGACUUGCAGUGCUACGCGAUACAAUAAGAUGGCUUUCACAGUGCCCAACAAAGAUGCUUUAUUCAGCAUGUAAGAAAUGGGAUGGAUACCUCUCUAUUUUAUACUGAAUGUAGAAUGUAAGACAAUCUCUCUCGAUGGUAAUAGAUGUGCAAUCUAUAGUUUUGAAACAAUACAGCUUGUGGUUAUCACUGAGUAGCCUAUACACAUGCGUAGAAACCAAAGAUUCAUGCUAAAGUAGAUUUACAGUGCCUAUAGAAAUUCUAUACCCCCUUGAACUUUCUUCACAUUUUGUUGUGUUACAAAGUAGGAUUGAAAUAGAUUUAAUUGUAAAAAAAAAAAAAAAAGUGUCAUUGAUCAACACAAAAUACUUUUUUACUUUUAAAAAUGAAAUAACAAAAAUAUAGUCGUUGCAUAAGUAUUCACCCCCUUUGUUUAGGCAAGCCUAAAUUAGUUCAGAAGCUUGACAUAGGCAAAGACUGGGGAGGUUUUCAGGAUGAAAAGAAAUGGGAUGGAGCUAAGCACAGGCAAAAUCUUGAAGAAAAAGAAAAUAAGCAAACCUGCUUUUGCUUGUACACCAGACACUGGGAGAGAAAUUCACCUUUCAGAAGGACAAUAACCUACAACACAAAGUCAAAUCUACACUGGAGUUGUUUACCAAGAAGACAGUGAAUGUUCCUGAGUGACCAAUUUGCAGUUUUGACUUAAAUCUGCUUGAAAAUCUAUGGCAAGACUUGAAAAUGGUUGUCUAGCCAUGAUCCCAAACACCUUGACAGAGCUUGAAGAAUUUUGAAAAGAAUAAUGGGCAAAUAUUCCACAAUCCAAGUGUGCAAAGCUCUUUUGAGACUUACUCAAGAGACUCAUAAUCACAGCCAAAGGUGAUUCUAACAUGUAUUGACUCAGGGGGGUGAAUACUUAUCCAAUCAAGGUAUAUUAGUAUUUGAUUUUUCAUUCGUCUUUAAAAAAUAUAUAAAAAAUAUAAAAAAAUACUUUGACAUUACAAUAUUUUGUGUAGAUUGUUGAAAAAAAUGACAAAUACAUUUUCAUCCAACUUUGUAAUGCAACAAAUGUUCAAGGGGGGUGUAGACUUUCUGUAAUCUUAUAAUUUUUGUGUUAAAUUACUUUAUUAUUUCAAUAUGUGCCAGGGAAAUAGUGGGUGAAAUGGUUCUUGCUAGGAUAGUUAUAGGUUAACUGAAGUUGUAGAGGGUGUAGAGAUUAAACUAAUAUUGUGUACUUUAUGAUGUUUAAUUUAAAGGAAUUUACUCUAUGUGAAGUCAAAGGUUUUUUUCUAUAUUGACUGAGAUUCAAGUUUUUCACGUGAUCCUCUUAUUAUUUUUUAAAAGUUCUAUAAAAUCCUUGUUUUAUGCUCUGUUUUACCUAUGAACUUAACUCUUUGAAUUGUUUAAAAGAUAAUAUAUACAUGUAUAUCAAAAUACUUCUUUCUCUGUCAGGUUUUCCUUAACCUUUUUAUGUUCGUCACCAAAAUUAAUAUAUUAAUUGAAUUAUCAAUUUGCAGAGCUGGUGCCAAUCAAUACCUUACCAUGUGCAUGUGUAAAUAUGAAAUUGAAUGAGGACAAUGCAUCAAGCCAUUGCUGAUCACAUUGGCAUGAAUGUAUACAGUACACUAGUAGCUGUAUCUGAAAGUGUAUGUAGUACUAAAAUUAGGCCUAUUACCUAUCUAAAAUACGGUAAGUCAAAUGUAGCCCUUACAACAAAAAUGAAUUUCCUACAAAAGCACUGAAAUGUUCAUACAACUUUCCUCAAGUGAUUGGGAGUCCCAUAGGGCAGCGCACAAUUGGCCCAGCGUCGUCCGGGGAUAGGCCGUCAUUGUAAAUAAGAAUUUGUUCUUAACUGACUUGCCUAGUUAAAUAACAAAUACAUUUAAAAAAAAUAAAAAAAUGCCUUUAAUGGCAUCCUCUGUCAGAAAGCACUUGUAAAAAAUCCAUACAAAGUAGAAGUAUUUUUGUAUUUGGCCCCUAAAUUAGUAAGGAUUGUCUUCCCGUUCUAUUAUUAUGGUCCUGUCUGCCAUGGACUCCUGUUGAGUUGCUUAUCUCAACACAGUUCAAGGUUAAAGCUUAUAUUCCAACUCUAUUUCUACUUGACACUAGCCUAUUUCUGCCCUUAUUUUUGUUGUUAUUUUUUAAAACAUUUUUCUGGAAUGGAAACCUACUCGGGGCGGCAGGUAGCCUAGUGGGUAGAGCGUUGGGCCAGUAACUGCAGGUUGCUAGAUCGAAUCCCUGAACUGACAAGGUAAAAAUCUGUCGUUCUGCCCCUGAACGAGGCAGUUAACCCACUGUUCCUAGGCUGUCAUUGUAAAUGAGAAUUUGUUCUUAACUGACUUGUAUAGUAAAAUAAAACCCUGAAUGUCAGCUAUAGGACUGGGUGUACCUUUUUAAUUGUUCAUGCAACUUUCAGUUUCAUGUACAGUACUAGUCAAAAGUUUGGACAGACCUGCUCAUUCAUGUUUCUUCCUUUAUUUGACUAUUUUCUACAUUGUAGAAUAAUAUUGAAGACAUCAAAACUAUGAAAUAACACAUGGAAUCAUGUAGUAACCAAAAAAGUGUUAAACAAAUCAGAAAUAUAUUUGAGAUUCUUCAAAGUAGUCACCCUUUGCCUUGACAACUUUGCACACUUGGCAUUCUUUCAUUCAGCUUCAUGAGGUAAUCUCUUGGAAUGCAUUUCAAUUAACAGGUGUGCCUUGUUAAAAGUUCAUUUGUGGAAUUUUUUUCCUUAUUGCGUUUGAGCCAAUCAGUUGUGUUGUGAGGAUAAGUUCAUUAGAGUUACCAUCCUCUCAACAUCAACUGUUCAGAGGAGACUGGGUGAAUCAGGCCUUCAUGGUCAAAUUGCUGAAAAUAAAUCACUACUAAAGGACACCAAUAAGAUGAGACUUGCUAGGGCCAAGAAUCAUGAGCAAUGGACAUUCGACCGGUGGAAAUCUGUCCUUUGGUCCAAAUUUGCGAUUUUUGGUUCCAACCGCCGUGUCUUUGUGAGACGCAGAGUAGUUGAACAGAUGAUCUCCGCAUGUGUGGUUCCCACUGUGAAGCAUGGAGGAGGAGAUGAGAUGGUGUGGGGGUGCUUUGCUGGUGACACUGUCUGUUUUUUUUUGUUGUUGUUUUUUAAUUCUAGGAAACACUUAACCAGCAUGGCUACCAGAGCAUUCUGCAGUGAUACGCCAUCCCGUCUGGUUUGCGCUUAGUGGAACUAUCUUUUGUUUUUCAACAGGACAAUGACCCAAAACACACCUCCAGGCUGUGUAAGGGCUAUUUGACCAAGAAGGAGAGUGAUGGAGUGCUGCAUCAGAUUACCUGGCCUCCACAAUCACCUGACCUCAACCCAAUUGAGAUGGUUUGGUAUGAGUUGGACUGCAGCGUGAAGGAAAAGCAGCUAACAAGUGCUCAGCAUAUGUGGGAAACCCAAGACUGUUGGAAAAGCAGCUGGUUGAGAGAAUGCCAAGAGUGUGCAAAGCUGUCAAGGCAAAGGGUGGCUACUUUGAAAAAUCUAAAAUAUAUUUUUUGAUUUGUUUAACACUUUUUUUGGUUACUACAUGAUUCCAUGUGUUCAUAGUUUUGAUGUCUUCACUAUUAUUCUACAAUGUAGAAAAUAGUUUAAAAAAUAAAGAAAAACCCUUGAAUGAGUAGGUGUGUCAACUUUUGACUGGUACUGUAUAUAUUUUUUCUUCCUUGGGUGUAAAUGUCACUUUUUGAUAUUUUUCAUGAAACUUCUACGUAAUUGACGACAAAUUUCAAGCAUAAAUAAAAAUGUAUAUUUAAAAAAUAAA